AUGAGGGCCAAACGUUCAAAGAAGUAUCGCAAGCUUAUGCACCAGUAUGAGCUGACUUUCGGUUUCCGAGAGGCCUACCAGGUCCUGGUUGACUCGAACUUCCUGCGCGCCACUGAUCAGUUCAAGAUGGAGCUGAUUCCUGCCCUCGAGAGAACCGUCCAGGGCAAAGUCAAGCCCCUAUUGACAAAGUGCUCGCUCGCCGCAAUCAUGGCUGCGCAACCCAUCAACCCCAAGACCGAAAAGCCUUACCGUCCUCUCUUCCUCCCUCCCCCCACUGAACUUCCUCUCCGCCACUGCUCGCACAACGCAGACUCAACGCCAAUCGACGAGAUUGAAUGUCUACUCUCACUUCUUUCGCCCAGCUCAGACGUCAAGAAGAACAAGGAGCAUUACAUCCUCGCUACUGCGGAACCGAUCUUGCGAAAGACCAACCCCAACGAACCCAAGCGGAAAUGGAAGACCGAGGAUGACCGCAAGGAAGAAGAGGCCAUGCGCCGUUCCAAGACCCUGCGCACGUCCGCUCGCAGCAUUCCCGGUGUCCCAAUCAUCUACGUUAAGCGCUCAGUCAUGGUUCUCGAGCCAAUGAGCAACCCAUCCGAGAUGAUUCGCGAAGGUCACGAGCGAGGCAAGUUCCGCGCCGGACUAGACGUCGAGCCUCCACUGGGCAAGCGCAAGCGUGAUGGCGAGGAGGACGAGGCAGAAUCCGACGAGGAGCCCAAGAAGAAGCGCGGACCUAAAGUGAAGGGGCCCAACCCUCUCAGUGUGAAGAAGGCCAAGAAGCGCCCUGAUGCCCCGGCUCCGAAGAAGAAGGCUGCUACUGUAGAGGCUGAGGGUGAUGAUGCUGCGCCCAAGCCUAAGCGGAAACGCCGUCACAAUAAGGGUGUCCAUUGGGAGGUUGAAGAUGCCGCCGAGUCGCAGCCUGCGGAGGUUGACGCUUGA